UAUGCUCCCAGAGCUCAGAGGAAGAACAUCUGCGCAGGCUCUGGUGCCUGGCUUCCUGGAGGAGCCGGAGUCUCUUUCACUUUCAAAUAAUUCGUUUACUAGCUGAGGAGCCUUGGCCUGGGACAUACAUCAGUGAGCCUCUUAGAAGAGCAGGUUUAGUUGGCUCUGAAUUGUUCUUCCUGUGUGGUGCUGAAGGACAGACAUCUUAAGAUUCCUUCACAGGACCUAGCCUGAACUUGAGACUGAGCUCUUGAGUCCCCGUCUGUGCUGCGUCUUCCCACCUCCCCCUCUGUCACAGUCAUGGCUGAAGGACGGAUCUCCUUAGAGUGAGACACCAGAAAAGGAAGAAGCCGAGAAACACAGAAUACCUUCCUCCAUCAUUUCCAAUAACACACCCAUUUCCAGAGCAGAAAUGGCUGACAGAGACAAGGAUCCACUGGUCUCCUGCUUGGAGCAGUCACAGAAGGGAGACUGGAAGCUGUAUGGACAAGCGCUGCACAGUCAGGCAUUAUCUGGGGACCCUAUCAACACAGGAGCAGCUCAGUCCCAGAAGGCAAGUGACAGAGAGGAGGCUCAGCAUAAGGGUCAAAAGGGCUUGGACCCCUCCCACCACAUCCGGAAACAGAUGGACCUGGAGAUGCAGCAGCCCUUUUCUCUGUCAAAGAAGGACUUAAUGCUAAGAUGUCCUUCAUUGCCCAGAUCCAUAAGCACAUCCAACAUGAAGUUCCUUGAAUUGAAAAAUACCUGGAAACUAUUGCCUGCAGACCAUGAGUCAAGGAGAAACUUUCGGAUAUCAAUGAAACUCGAUAAAGGGGAACCUGGGGACUCUGGAUCCCAAAGCAAAGGACGUCCUUCAUUGCUCAGAUCCAUAAGCACACCCAACAUGAAGGUCCUUGAAUGGUCAGAUGACUUUGAACCAUUGAGCACAGACCCUGAUUUCUGGAGACACUUUCAGAUCUCAAAGAAGAAACUCGAUAAAGGAGAACCUGAGGACUCUGGAUCCCAAAGCAAAGAAAUACAUAAGAAUGAAGGAAGAGAGAAAUUUUACCACACUGCAUCCUGGAAAACCAAGGAUUUGCUCCAAAAUUUCACACAGCUACUGCUUCUACAAAAACCUUGUCCAAGAGGCUGGGAGACCUUGGUCUGGAAAAGCUGGAGUAAAGGUAAAGGAGAGGAAAGAGGACAUCUGAUUGAGAUCCAAGACUUAUUUAACCCAAACCCAGAUACCCAGGAAGAGCCUCAACUAGUCAUCUUAGAGGGGGUUGCUGGGAUUGGGAAGUCAACGCUGGCCAGGCAGGUGAGGAGAGCAUGGGAGGAAGGCCAGCUCUACAGGGAUCGCUUCCAGCAUGUCUUCUACUUCAGCUGCAGAGAACUGGCCCAGUGCAAGCAGCUGAGUCUGGCUGAGCUCAUAGCAAAAGACCAGACUGUGCCUGUAGCUCCCAUGAAGAAGAUCCUGUCUCAGCCUGAGAAGAUGCUCUUCAUCCUAGAUGGCAUAGAUGAGCCAGCAUGGGUGUUAGAGAAGCCAAAUCCUCCACUCUGUAUGCACUGGAGUCAGCCACAGCCUGUGCACACACUGCUGGGCAGUUUGCUGGGGAAAUCUGUCCUGCCUGGGGCUUUCUUUCUGCUCACAGCUCGGACCACAGCUCUCCAGAAGUUCAUUCCUUCUUUAGAGCAGCCACGUUGGGUGGAAGUCUUGGGUUUCUCGAGGUCUGGAUGGAAGAAAUAUAUCUUCAAAUAUUUCACAAAGAAACGAGAAGCAAUUGAAGCUUUUAGCUUAAUUAACUCAAACCCAGUGCUCUUAACCCUGUGUGGGAUACCCUGGGUGUCCUGGCUGGUCUGCACUUGCCUGAAGCAGCAGAUGGAAAAGAGAGGAGACCUGUCACUGACCUCUCAGACCACCACAGAACUCUGCCUGAAAUAUCUUUCCCAGACUCUUCCAGGUCAUGCUCUGGGAACCCAUCUCAGAAGGCUCUGCUCACUGGCUGCUGAGGGGAUCUUGAGAAGAAGGACCCUGUUCAGUGAGAGAGAUCUCUGGAAGCAAGAGUUAUCUGAGGAUGUCAUUGCCCCUUUCUUGAAUAUCGGUGUCCUUCAAAAGCAGCCCAGCUCUGUGAGUUACAGCUUUUCCCACUUGUGUCUCCAGGAGUUCUUUGCAGCGAUGUCCUGCAUCUUGGGGAAUAAUGAGCAGAAACAUGGUUUUGUGGAAACCUUCAAUAUUGUGGAAACACUGAAGGAAGUCUAUGGAAGACAUGACCUGUUUGAGGCACCCACUGUGCGAUUCCUAUUUGGUCUUUUAAGUAAAAAAGGAAUGAGAAAAAUGCAGAAGAUCUUUGCCUGCAGGUUUCCUUGGGAUACAAUUUACCUGCAAUUGAAGAUCCGAGAAGAAGCCCUAUACCAUCAACCACAUUCUCUGGGGUUACUGCACUGUCUGUAUGAGAUUCAGGAUAAGGAGCUUCUGACAGAUGUGAUGGACAAUUAUCAAGUAACAAGUGUGCCUGCCCCAGUAGAUAUGGUACAUCCAGAAUUCCACAGAAACCUGGUAGUCCAGACAGAUGUGGAGCUCAUGGUGGUCACUUUCUGCAUUAAGUUUUGCAGUUAUGUCAACGGACUUCAGCUGAAUCCUGGUGCACAGGAGGAGAAAGUGCUUCUGGCCCCCAGGAUGGUUCUAUCCAGAUGGACUCCAAUCACUAAUGAAAGUUGGCAGAUUCUCUUCUCCACUCUUGAGUUCACAGGAAACCUGAAGUUUCUGGACCUAAGUGGAAAUCCAUUGAACAACUAUGCACUGUGCAGUCUUUGUAGGACCCUGAGAUCCCCUGGAUGUCACCUUAGGACAUUGUGGCUCAUCAACUGUGGCCUCACAUUCAGACACUGUGCGGACCUGGCCUCAGUGCUCAGGGUCAGCUCCAGUCUGACUGAGCUAGACCUGCAGCUGAAUAACCUGGGAGACGAUGGUGUGAGGCUGCUGUGUGAGGCGCUCAGGAAUCCUUACUGCAACCUCAGAAUCCUGUGGCUGGACCAGGCUGCUCUCAGUGACCAGGUGAUGAUGGAGCUCAAAGCUGUGGAGGCAAAGAAUCCACAGCUGCUCAUCUCCAGCAUAUGGAAGCCACAUGUGAUGGACCCUACUAAGAACCUGUAUGGAGAAGAAAUGGGUGAUAGCCCGACCUCAUUCAAGGAUCAAAGACUACAGUCAGAGGAGUGGUACUCACAACUUGCACCACUAAAGACCUUCGAUUCAUCUCCCCCUGACUCUCCACGAUACAAGCACCUGGAACCACUGGAGACUGAAGAUGACUUCUGGGGACCUACAGGGCCUGUGGCUACUGAGGUGGUUGACAGAGAGAGGAACCUGUACCGAGUUCAGUUCCCUGUGCCUGGUUCCUACCACUGUCCCAACACAGGACUCCGCUUUGUGGUGACAAGGGCAGUGACCAUUGAGAUUGGAUUCUGUGCCUGGAGCCAAUAUCUGGAUGAGACUCCCUUGCAGCACAGUCACAUGGUGGCUGGGCCUCUGUUUGAUAUCAAGGCUGAGCAGGGAGCUGUGGCUGCUGUGCACCUCCCUCAUUUUGUGGCUCUCCAAGAGGGACAGGUGGACAUCUCCUGGUUCAGUGUGGCCCACUUUCAAGAACAUGGCAUGGUCCUAGAAACGCCAGCCAGAAUGGAGCAGCACCACACAAUCUUGGAAAACCCAAGCUUCUCCCCAGUGGGAGUUCUGCUGAGACUGAUCCCUGCUGUCAGACACUUCAUCCCCAUCACUUCCAUCACACUGAUCUACUAUCACCUCAGUCUCGAGGAAGUCACCCUUCAUCUCUACCUCAUCCCCAAUGACUGCACCAUUCGGAAGGCCAUUGAUGAUGAAGAAAUGAGAUUCCAAUUUGUUCGAAUAAAUAAGCCACCCCCAGUAGACUCUCUUUAUAUUGGCUCCCGCUACACAGUGUCUGCUUCCAAGAAGCUGGAAAUCAACCCAAAGGAACUGGAGCUGUGCUACAGGAGCCCUGGGGAAUCCCAGCUCUUCUCUGAGAUCUAUGUUGAUCACAUGGGUUCAGGGAUUAAGCUCCAGAUUAAAGACAAGAAGCAUCAGAAUCUCAUUUGGGAAGCCUUGAUGAAACCAGGGGACCUGAGACCUGUACCACCCAUGAUCCCUGCAGGCCACAAAGCUGCCCCUGCCUUGCUGCACUUCCUAGAUGAGCAUCGGGAGCAGCUGGUGGCCCGAGUGACAUCAGUGGACCCUCUCUUGGACAAGCUGCAUAAUCUGGUGCUGAAUGAAGAGGAGUAUGAGUCUGUGCGGGCUGAGGCCACCAACCAAAACAAGAUGAGGAAGCUCUUCAGCCUCAGCAGGUCCUGGAGCUGGGACAGUAAAGAGCAAGUCUACAGAGCUCUGAAGGACACCCAUCCUCACCUGAUCAUGGACCUCUAUGAGACGUCAAGAAUUGUCUCUGAGAGAUCCUGACAUCUUAGUGGCUGAGGGAUGGGCACUCAGUGAUUCCUGACUCUGCCUGACUUUCUUUGGCUACUAAAUCUAUAACCCAGUGGUCAUGUCAGUGGCCUUUCUGAUGGCAAUGUUUCCAGGACACCUCUUAGGGAACCAGAUGUUCCCUCUUGACCUUCCCCAGUCAGCUGUUCAUGUGGGAUGAGCAUCUCAGUAAACAUCCAGUGGAGUCAACAAUCUAUCCACGUCUUGUCCAGCCUGCUCUUAUGGCCUGAGGGACCAGUCUCAAAACCACCUGACACAUCAGAAUACAAGCAGGACUGGAGCGCAUGGAAAUGGAGACAGAUGGUACUUUCCCUGGAAAGUGAAUGUCUAAUGAAUAGGCAAGGAAGGGGGGCUUCUCAAACAUUUACCACCCUCAAAACCUUUUUCCAAAUUAUUUUUAUGUGCCUCU